AUGAAGGAUAUUCGGUUGCAUUUUGUUCAAACUGGUUCCGACGACAAACCAUUGCUACUAUUUAUUCAUGGUUACCCAGAAUUUUGGUAUUCUUGGCGGUUUCAAUUGGAGGAAUUUAAAAAUGAUUAUAGAUGUGUAGCACUUGACCAAAGAGGAUAUAACUUAUCGGACAAGCCCCCUCUAAUUGAGCAUUACAACAUCAGAGAACUCAUAAAUGACAUCAAGAAUGUCAUCGAGGAAUUGGGCUAUAAGUCUGCCGCAAUAGCAGCUCAUGAUUGGGGUGGAAUAGUCGCCUGGCAAUUUGCCGAAUUCUAUCCUGAAAUGGUUGAAAAGUUGAUUUGUAUGAAUAUUCCACGACCAAUUACACUUAUGAAUCAUCUUCGGAAUUCUUAUAAACAGUUCAAAAUGAGUUGGUACUUUUUUUUGUAUCAAACUCCACGAAUUCCAGAAAUUUUAUGUUUCGCUGAAGACAUGAAAAUAUUUGAAGACUGCUUUAGAUCAAAGGAGAUGGGAAUAAGAAAUCGCGAGUAUUUUACUGAUGAAGAUCUCGAAGCUUGGAAAUACACAUUUUCUAAUAAUGGAGCAUCAUUCAAAUACCCUAUCAAUUAUUACCGUAAUAUGUUCGAUCCAACAAUGCUGAACGGGAAAGAAGAAAUCUUGAAAAUGCCGGUAUUAAUCAUUUGGGGAACAGAGGAUGGAGCCCUGGGAAAAGAAUUAGCACAUCUAAGUUUAAAGAAUCUGGAAAACGGCAAAGUAGAGUACAUUGAAGGCGCUUCACAUUGGGUUCAACAGGAUGCUCCGCUAACUGUGAACAAGUUGAUGCGCGAAUUUUUGUUCCAAUAA